AUGGUCCGACGCACCUUCUCCGGCAUUACUCUCAUGGACUUCAAAUACUCUAUGGGGCCUACGUCAAGCCGCUCCUGGAGUACGCCAACCAAGUUGUCUACUCAGGACGCACGAAAGACAUUACUCUCAUUGAGCGUGUCCAGCGGGCCGCUACGAGACUACGAAAUGGAAUACGAAACGCGUCUCGCGAUUCUUGAUCUUUUUCCCCUGGCGUACUGUCGCCUCCGAGGGGACCUAAUUCUUACCUAUGCCCUGUUUGAACAAAGCUUGGCAAACAGUGAUGAUUCAAGUGUAACUGCAGGCAGCAAUUCACGCCCUAAUGGGUGCAUUAGCAACAAGGAAAAUCCGUGGUGCAAAGGCGCUUCGGGCGACAGUUCUGAUAUGGAGUUUGGUACAGUAACACGCGAUUCAGACUGGCCCACGCUACAAAGUGCUGUAACGCUCGCUCCUCAUCCAGCGGCCUCUGGUGUUAUGGGUACUAAAGGGAAAGAUAAGCCAAAGCGAAAGAAUGUUGAUUCUUCACUUGACGAUGUUGCAGUGGAAUCUCGUCCCCAAACAGUCACUGGUGGCUCUCAAAAAAAGAAAUGGGAACAAGCCACCAUAGAGUGCAUUUUCCCGAAACCGGUGUGCUUCGAUACUAACGAACCUUCAAGGACUCGUUGGAAUCGAUCGUCAGGUAUGUACCUUUUGGUUGUUGAUGUCUGCGCAGAUAUUUCAGAACAUGACAAGGAGAACCAACACAAUGGAAAAGGAUCUGAACAAUGUGGAGGAAGCGAGAAGUCUGGAUCAUUCAUGAGGACGUCAGAUCGUACCUCUGGUGUUGGUAACCAACAGGGUGGCCGCCCUCGACCGUUUGUCCGCUUUGUUCGGUUUUCAAAGCCUUCUAGACCGCAGCGUCGCCAGAGCAACACUUCUGCUCAGUCUACACCUAACUCAGUUCGUGGUACAGCCGUUCAAAACACCACAGGCGUUUCGCAGUCACACGCUGGUCCACGCUGGUCUACUGGAGAGCCCGCCGCUUUGUUCUCUGGUAGAUCCUCAUCUCAGAAUCGUCCAAUCAAUCCUCGGCUGAAUGGUAUACCCCAUCCUUUUAUUCCAAUCCCAUUGUAUGGGCCGGCUUCGCAAAGUCCUGGUGUUUCACCCACUUUCCUGUCUACUCUGGGAUAUCCCUUUCUCAUGGUCUAUCCAACUGCUCCAGCUACCGCUCCGGUCGUAUCAGGAAAUGUCGGAAACCCGGAUUUUGGAUUACCCGCUGCAACUGACACAAGCGGAAGCACAAAUUCUGGCAGCAUCACGCCUACCCUAACCACGCCAUUGAUAAAUCCUAAACCCACUGGACUUUCCACUUCUGGUUCAGUGUUCACUCCUAACUUUGCCUCUCCACUUGUCCCAAUAACUGCGCCGGCUGGUGCUGUGAAUGGCACUGUGCCAACCAUUUACUCUGCUUCUGCAAUCGCUCAACCCACAGACCUCUGUUUCCUAGCUACCUCAAGCAAUGAUCCAACCAUCAUUGUGCGGCAUCAAAUCUUGCAUCAGGUGGAGUUUUACUUCAGUGAGGAUAAUUUGGCCCGCGAUCUGUUCCUCCGUCGCCAAAUGGAUUCAGAGGGUUGGGUAUCAGUUAGUGUAAUAGCCAGCUUCAAUCGUGUGGCGUCGCUUUCUUCUGAUCUGGGUGAAAUUCUUGAGGCCAUUCGUGUGAGUCCCUGGCUUGAAGUGGAUGUUGAGAAUGCCCGAGUUCGCUGUCGAGUGAGGCCUUCCAUGUGGGUGUUACCAUCUGCCGUUCGAGACAAGUCAGAUAAGUCCACUGGAUUGAAUCCGAAUGCACCUGAAUUCGUCCCUUCUCAUGCUGCCCCAGAUUCCACUGGCACAAAUUCGACGGUCGCGUUGACCCCAGCGGAUACGGGCGGUCAAGAGGAACUGAAUUUUAGCUUCUCAGAAGAGCCGCGUUCCGGAGUUGUGAAGUCAGUUGAGCGCGAUGGCUUCCUUUCAGAUGAUUAUCAUCGAACUCGAACUUCAUCGACAACUUCAGAGGAAGAUAUCGACGAUGCUAUGCUUUCAAGUUUACUGGUAAUUGCACCCUCCCAUGAAGGUACUGGUUGGACUAGCACAUCAACGGUGGCUACUUGCGAUCAGUUCGAGACUUCAACCACUCCGUCCUUGACAAAGUCGUUAGACGUGGCAACACGUCCUCCUCCCUUGGAGAGUGAGUCACUUCAGGCAUUGGUCGAGGAUUUAUGCAAAGCCGUCACAGAAUCCCGAUUGGAAACCACGGAUGCCCAAGAGGAACGAUAUUCUGGUCCAUCAGAGAAACCUGUUGUAACCUCCUCAGGUGUUGCAGUUGUCAGUUACGCUAGCUCAACUAUCCCAACUUCCGGAAACACUACUCCUCCAGAUUCCAAAUAUCAUUCGCCUACCCUUUUUUGCCCAGCUUCCUUUGUAUCAUUUCCACCGGCCCCGCUCAGUGCGCCACCCCAUCCUUCAGCCGCAAACCAUGCACAACUGAUCUAUGCCAAUCAGUGCAUACCCUAUCCUCAGAAUUCCUUCGUGGGACAAUCGCCAUACGCUUUCAUGGCCUCUUCCACGUUGCCCUCACCGGGGAGCUUUUUUCUCGCACCUGUAAAUCGAGCGCCGUUUAUCAGCCACACUCCAUCUGUAUAUUAUGUACCACAGUUCGCUCCGAUCCCGACAAAUGCGCCACUCCUGAAUGUUAUGUCACCACAAUCCACCCUCCCAACUCCAAACGGAAUGGCUUCCCUGAAGCCCGAAAUUCAGCGCCAGGAAAACCGCAGAACUGAUCUCAAGGGACGUAUAGCAGGGUUUUUCCCGGUAUCUGCAAACUGUGAAAACCGCCAGCCUCAACGAGCCUUUCGGAAACGUUCCCAAUCCGGCGGUGAGGCUUUCACAACAAUACAAUCUCAGGUCGGAUUCCUGUUGAAUCCAUCUACAUCCCGAAUGGAACUUAACCCCGGAGCAAGUGACACCAUACUCAAUGAGCAAUCCAUUACCCAUCAGCAUCAAACCCUUGUUCAGGAAAAGGGCUUUACCUUUCAUGCUUAUAAUCAGUUCCGCGCCAAGUGCCUGAGGGACAGAGAAGCUAAAGGAAAGGGACUCUCCCAAGAAAUGAACAUAUUGUACAGUUUCUGGUCGUUUUUUCUUCGUGAACACUUCAAUCGUACAAUGUACAAAGAUUUCCGGCGUCAUGCGCUGGAGGACGCAAAAGAGGGCGCUCGUUAUGGGAUGGAAUGCCUGUUCCGUUUCUACAGCUACGGUCUAGAAAAACGGUUCCGGAAAGCUAUUUUCAGAGACUUCCAGGAGGAAGCACUACGAGAAUACGAUGCGGGCCAUCUGUACGGGCUAGAGAAGUUUUGGGCGUUCUUGCAUUACAGUCGGCGAAAGGUUAAAGUGGAGGACCGGUUACAGGAUUUACUGGAUAACAAGUACCGAACCUUACAGGAUUUCAGGGUCAAUGAGGAAGCACUACGAGAAUACGAUGCGGGCCAUCUGUACGGGCUAGAGAAGUUUUGGGCGUUCUUGCAUUACAGUCGGCGAAAGGUUAAAGUGGAGGACCGGUUACAGGAUUUACUGGAUAACAAGUACCGAACCUUACAGGAUUUCAGGGUCAAUGUGGCCGAACUUAGACGGGAACAGUCGAGGUGUCGGGUUUUUACUCGAGCUACUGACCGUCCUGUCACUCCAGCUGCGUUGAUAAUGGAACUCGAACACCUCGUUCAAUCCAUAUCACAGGCUGUCAGUGCCUGGGCGAAAGAACUGAGCCACUUGGGGAUAGCCUGUGAACGGUGCAAACGCGUACAAAAAGAAAUGGCGCGCCUUAGUUCCGGUGAUUUUGUAGUCUUGGAAUCGCUACCUACUCCUCUAUUAUCCAACUCGCUCAAAAUCGCACUUGGUUGUGCGCAAGAAAACUGUUUCGAUACCUUAGAUCAGCUUAAAUGCUCUGUUCUGAAUGUUCUUGAUCGUCUGAACUCCCUCAGAUCUUGUCUCAUACGCUGUAUCUCACCCACCGCCUGCAACCCGAAUGACCUUAUUGAACUUCUGCAAGCGCUGACGGACUUCCAAUCAGCUGUUGUUGAUGAGUAUGACUCAGCUCAGCUGUAUCAAUGUGACACAGUCAUGUCCUUCGGUUUGAAGUGUUCCCAACUUUACCCUACUUUCGAUCCUUCAGUUUCCCUCGUUCAUAGAAUUUGGAACGAAGAAAUCCUCGACAAAUUGUAUGUACUCGGUAAUCGUUCCUAGUAUUGGUUUAUGGUUUUGUUCUCAUCUGAAUUUGUGCAUCCUCGUUGCUUUCGGUUUAUGGACUGCAGAUUUUUACUUAUGCAGUAUUAUCCAAUCGGCAUCAUUUCCCAUUCAUUUUCAUAAUUUCAUUUCAUACUACUUGCAUUCUGUACAGGAUAUUUCGUUAUUUCUAUAUACAACGUUCAGAGUCUGAAG